GGCCGUAUUGGCCACAGCUAUGAUUCACGGAAGCCAGUUUAUUUUACUCACCGCCUCUGCACGUCCGUCGUCACAGCACACGGUAAUUUUUGUGCCGUUUCGAAAUCAAAUCGACUUUUUUGCAAGAUACUCUCCUAUUUCUCUGUCUCUCAACGAUACUCGUAUCGCAAAAGUUGUUCUCAACCAUAUCUAUGAAGAAAGAAAAUGAGUACGCAACCUUAUCCAUAUCUCCAACCUUUAAUGCCACAGAUUCCUGCUUCAAUACCAACAGCAGCACCACCACCAGUACCACCACCGAAUCAACCUCAUCUGGUAUAUAAUAAUGCUGGUCCGACUCCAAACACUCAAGGGCUUUAUUCUUCUUAUUCAGCCCGAAUCAAGUAUUCCGAAGACAAUGCUCUUUUGCUACCCAGUAGCUACACUUCUGGUCGAAAGGGGCGCGGACAAAGUGGAAUGUUUACGGAUUCUGACGAUGAAUUUGAAGAAAUGCUGGAAGAAUCUGAUGAUGAUAGUAACGCGGAAUCAAAGCAAGCAACGACAACAGCGGCCGGAAGAUUAGAAUCAGAAGCCUCUUUGGUAGAACAGAAUAAAAAUUUACCAAGAUAUGAGCAUAGAAGAAAUGGAAUGGCUCCCGCCACCAUGGAUGACCUUAAACGAGUUUCAGAGUCAAAUGAAUUAUUAGUGCCUAUCCGUUUAGAUAUCGAUUUAGACGAAGUCAAAUUACGGGAUGUUUUUCUAUGGAAUAUGAAUGAGCAAUAUUUAACACCGGAAAUGUUUGCGGAAUUGUUAUGCGAAGACCUGCGCUUGGACGCAUAUAAGUUUGUGAAACCGAUAUCAGAAUCUAUUCGAGCGCAAGUUGUCGAUUUUGAAGCAAUUAACGAAUACGAGUUACCGAAUGGAGGAGAUCAACUUGUAGAAAUAAAUCUCGAUCUUCAAAUUGGUAAAGUUAAUCUAAGAGAUAAAUUUGAGUGGAACCUCAACAAUAUACAUACAAAUGCGCCUGAACUCUUCGCACGACAGUUAGCAGCAGAAUUAGGUUUAGGAGGUGAAUAUAUCGGUAUUAUUGCUCAUGGAAUACGCGAUCAGUUAUUUCAGCAUAGGAAAAAGAUAGUAGAAGAGUUCGAAGGUUUAGACAGGAGAGAGGAACGCAUAGAAACAGCAUUCCGAAAAGUGUCUGAUGCCAGUAAAUGGGCACCCAAGCUAGAAGUGCUAUCAAAUGAUGAAUUAGAAAAGCUUUUGAUUGCUCAAGAACGAAAUAUCAGACGGUUACGUCGUGAGACCAGAUUUAAGCGGUCUACACGACGAUCCACAAGAGGUUAGACAGCACCAUAAUACAUUAAAUUAAUUUUGUGCCUUUUCCGUCCAUUAUCGUUCAACGUCCUGUACCAUAGAGCUCUCUUUUGUUUAUUUGUAUAUAAUUUAUGUAGAACGUUUAAUGAAAUCAUGUCCACU